GUUCUGGGACAGCUGAAUAGUGAUGCUUUUCUUUGCAGAUGCUUAUUUUUAAUAGUCUACACUUUUCCCUUGUGCUUAAUUCUUCUAAUUUUAGGUGUUCUCCGUAUAAGGAUCAUCAGGGCUAACUAUGGCCGAACCGAUUCCACCACAUGUUCUUCAGGACAACCUCUCAGUCAACUCUCCAACACAAACUGCUACUCAUAUAACACACUAUCUCUGUUCUGUUGCAGAUGUGAACCACAGCAAACCUGUCAGGUGCCUGCUACAAAUAGUGUCUUCUCUGACCCCUGCGUUGGCACCUAUAAGUAUCUCAAAGUUGUGUACAUCUGUGUCUAA